AAAAAAAGCUAAGUCCCAAAGGAAAUCGAAAGUAACGACUGAACAAUUCCAUAGAACACACCAAUAGCUUAUCUCUCCUUGUUCCGUUCUACCUUUCUUUCAUUGCAUUUCAUUGUGAUUCCCCAAUAAUGGACAAAGCUCCCCCCGAGAAAUCUAGUAGCUUUGCUCACAAGGAUCGCGAGGCGUGGGAAGAGUCGAAUCCCUCGGCGGCUCCUCCAGACUCUCCAGCUGCGGUCGAGGCCAAGGUGGAAGGUGAUGGAACACCAUCGGUGAACAAUGUGGACAAGAUCGAGGAGGAGAAGGAGGAGAAGGAGGAAGGAAAAGAAGCCGAAGAGAGCGUCGAAGCAAAUCCUCCAGAAGAUGCCACCCCAAAGGGCGACGAUGAUGCUCCCCAUAGCUUCGACAAGAUUUUGGAAGAUAUCGACAACUUCCUCUCUUAUCUUGCCGUCGAAACCGAGACGAAUACCUCCUUGGAGGUCCAUGAGCUGUCCAUCCAUAGGUUCCUAGAUCUCGUGCAAGAGAAGGUGUCGAACUACAUCGCCGAUGUCGAGGAAGGGAAAUCGAGAUGGGGCCAACACCCUGAUGACGACUCUUCCAUCUUGCAGGCUGUGGCUCGUGUCUCAAAAUUGAAUGCCUCGCUCGAUGGGUCGAAAUGGGGGGAGAGUAGUGGCCUGUUGAUCAAUCGUGUCGGGAGAAUUCACCAGCAAGCUAUGGCUUUGUUGGAGGAUGAGUUUAGGGCGUUGCUAGAAGAUUGCAAGCCCGUUAAUGUGGACAAUAAUGGCGAUGAGAAUAAGGACACGAAGCAAGAAGGUGAUGAUCACGUCGAGGAUGGCGAUAAGUCUCUAGAUUAUCCGCAAGACGCGGUGUCCCAUUUGAAUAAGAUUGCCAAGGAGAUGAUAUCGGGCGGCUAUGAGACCGAGUGUUGCCAAGUCUUCAUCCUAAUGAGGAGGAACACGAUCGAUGAGCUAUUGAGCAAAAUUGGCUUCGACGGCAUCAGCAUGGACGACGUGCAAAAGAUGCACUGGGAGUCACUGCAGAGGGAGAUCACCAAAUGGGUCGAGACUUUGAAGCAAUCUGUGGGAGUGUACUUUCCGAGUGAAUUAAAGCUCAUUGAGAGCGUGUUCACGGGCUGUCCCGACACCUCGGCCUACCUCUUUUGCAACCUCACUCGGAGCAUCAUGAUUCAGAUGCUCAAUUUCGCCGAGUCCAUCGCCAUUUCCAAGCGCUCCCCUGAGAAGUUAUUCAAGUUCUUGGACAUGUAUGAGGCCUUGAGAGAUAUGGACCCCAUCAUCAAUGGGCUUUUCGGGGAAGAUAAGGGCCACGAGUUUGUUAAGUCGGAGCUUGUGACUGCACGGUCGAGGCUCGGGGAAGCCACGGUGAGUAUAUUCUGUGACUUGGAGAAUUCCAUCAGGUCAGACACGGCGAAGAAUGUUGUCCCGGGCGGGGCCAUCCAUCCUUUGACUCGUUACAUCAUGAACUAUUUGGAGUUGACGUGCGAGUACAAGGACACCCUCGAACAGGUCUUCAGGGACCAUUUGAAGAUAGAGCGCGCCGACUCGAACAACAGGGCGGAAUUCCAAGGCGACAACUCUGCGCAGUAUCAAGAUCCGAAUGAGGCGGAGAAGUCACAGUUCUCGUUGCAAAUCGCAAAGGUUAUGGAUUUGUUGGAUUCUUACUUGGAGAAGAAGGCGAAGCUCUACAAAGACAUUUCCCUAAGCUCGAUAUUCAUGAUGAACAACGGCCGCUACAUCUUGCAGAAAGUGAAAGGAUCGCCACAGAUCAAUGAAUUAAUGGGCGACCAGUGGCGCCGCAAGAAGUCCUCUGACCUCAGGCAGUGCCACAAGAACUACCAGAGAGAGACGUGGAACAAGGUUCUAGGAUGCUUGAGGGACGACCACGGGCUGACCGUGAACGGGAAGGUCAUGAAGCCUGAGCUCAAGGAAAGGUUCAAGAACUUCAACGCAAUGUUCGAUGAGAUCCACAAGACACAGAGCUCAUGGGUCGUGUGUGACGAGCAAUUGCAGUCGGAGCUCCGGGUUUCAAUCUCUGCGGUGGUCAUACCAGCAUACCGCUCGUUCUUGGGGCGGUUUGCGCAGACUCUGACCCCUGGGAGGCAGUCGGAAAAGUACAUUAAGUAUCAGUCCGACGAUCUGGAGACUCUUAUCGAUGAGCUAUUUGAUGGGAAUCCAGCAAUGACGGGAAAGAGGAAAUAGUAAAUAAUAUUGAAGCGCAAGGUGCGAAUCAAAGCCGAAUGAUGUUAUAUCGAGAAGGUAUACAUAAGCUUAUGGUAUUAGUGGCUAUACAUGGUUUGAAGAUGUGUCUACGUUAAUUUAGCAAGUUCAAUGUAAAUGUUGACAACUAUGAUUAGGGCAUUCAUUAUUGUUGAAUGUUCCAUUCGGAACUUGAUUGAUGCUUUAGUGAUAAAUUCGUUAUUUGUCUUUUUUGAUCAAAUUUAUGUUACUGUCCGAUGAUUGUUUUCGUUGUUGUAAUAGUUCGGUAUAUUGCAGCUUAUUAUGAAAUGAAAGGCCUUGACGAGAAUACAA